UGGUUUCCGACGACAUUGGUUUCCAUCCUAAACUAUUGCAACACGUGUGAAAAAUUAAAAACAAAACUAAAGUUAAAAACACUUAAAAAGUUGAAAAAGUUGCAUAAAAUGAGUAAAAAAUUAUUUGAUGAUAGCGAUGACAACGCAGAGGAUCAUUUUCAAUUGAAUACAAAUGAAGGAUAUGCUAAAACCUAUAAUCAGUUGAGGAAAAAGGAGCUUCUCCAAAAAUUUAAAGACAAAGGUAUCAGUGAGUCUGACUCGGAAUCGUCCAGUGACUCUGAUUCUUCAGAGGAGGAUGAAGUUUUGGAUCCCACAUUCGAUCAGGAGUUUUUAAGCACAUUGGCCUCAUUGAAAAGUAAAGAUCCCAAAAUUUACGAUAAGGGAGUCAAAUUUUUCGAGAAAGUCAAUAAACAAAUCGAGGCGGGGAAUUCAGAUGACGGUGGUGAUGAUUCCGAGGACGGUAAACAAAAAAGCAAAGAAAAGAAAACCAAACCAGUUACAUUGAAGGAUUAUGAAAGACAAAUUAUUUUGGAAAAGGGUGGAAAAUUCGUAGAUGAUUCAGAUGAAGAAGACGUUGAUAAUGGAGAUUACCCCCGUUCAGCAUCUCCUACCCUAGUGGAAGAGGAACGUCACCUAAAGGAAGAAUUCAAAAAAGUUGUAAAUGCUGAUGAUUCUGGUGAUGAAGAAUUUGGUGGUAUUUUUAAGAAACGUGAGAAAACUAAAGCCGAAGAAGAUAAGGAAGAAGAGGACUAUUUGAAAUGGCUGGCUGGCAAAAAGGAUACCAUAGAGAAAGAGGCACAAGAAAAAUUAAAGCCGCUUAAAAAAUAUUGGAAUAGUGACAGUUUACCAUCAAGUGAAAAAUUUUUGCGAGACUAUAUAUUGAAUAAGGGUUAUACCGAAGCAAGUAAUUACGCCGAAAUACCAACAUAUGAAGAAAUCGUUGGUGACAAUGCCCCACUUUCUGAGGACGAACAGGAGUUGGAGAAACAAGCUGAAUUUGAACACAAAUUUAAUUUCCGGUUUGAAGAUCCUGAUCAAGAGUUCAUCAAAAGAUAUCCCCGCACUGUGGAGUCGUCAGUUAGACGAACGGAUGAUAAACGUAAGCAGAAACGACAGGAAGUUAAAGAACGGAAACAACAAGAGAAACAGGAAAAGAUGAAAGAAAUCGAAAUGAUAAAAGAAAUGAAACGGAAAGAAAUUCAAGAUAAAAUUGAAAAACUAAAAAAGGUAACGGGAAAUGAUGAACUUGGUUUUAAGGAUGAUGAUUUAGAUGAGGAGUUCGAUCCUGAAGCCCAUGAUCGUCGUAUGCGGGAGCUUUUCAAUGAUGAUUACUAUCAAGUCGAUGAGGGAGAAGAAAAACCAGAGUGUCCCUCAGACAUAGAGGAGUUGAAAAUAGAAGAUUGGGACAAUUACGAUCCACAAGAAGAUUGGGAAGGUGGUGAUGAGGAAGACUAUGAGCCCCACUGUGAAGAUGAUGACUUUAAUAUGGAUUGCGAUUAUGAUCCGGCCAAGGCCAAAGAACAGUUACAAAAAGAGUUAAUUGAAAACACUAAAACUCGUAAAGGACGCAAAGGUCGGCGUGAUCGUUUUAUGGCCAUGAUUAAAGCUGAAAAACCAGUGUUCGAUCCAGAAGAUGAGAAAACAUAUGAAGAAUAUAUUGAUGAAUAUUAUAAAUUGGAUUGCGAGGAUAUUAUUGGAGAUCUUCCAUGCCGUUUCAAGUACGUGGAAACAACGCCUAAUGAUUUUGGUUUGUCCAUAGAGGAGAUUCUUCUGGCCAAAAACAAAGAACUCAACCAAUGGGCUAGUUUAAAAAAGGCCAUUCAAAUAAGACCCGAACAAGUAGAGAAGAAAGAGCAAAGAUUGUACAAACUUAAGGCCAAAAAUGAAGACCUCAAGAGGAAAAUUUUUAAAAGCUUAUACGGAGAAGGAUCCGAUAAUGAGGGCGAGGACGAAGUUAAAAAUGAAACAGAAACUAAAUCGGAAACAAAUCCUGACAAUAAUACAACGAGUUCAAAAACUACUAAUGAAACGUCUGAAACGAUAAAGAACAAAAGGAAAAGGAAACGUAAGGGUCAAAAUGCUGCACAAGUUUCAGAUACGACGGCUACAACAACAGUAGAUAACACUAAUAAGGAUCCAGUCAAAACUAUUAAUGCAAGUGAGGGCGAACCCAUUGAGAAAAAGGCUAAAACGGAAGAAGGAUCAGAAAGAAAUACUUCGAUAGUAAAACAAACUGAUGACAAUCCAGUCGUCAAGAAGAAAAGAAACAAAAAGAAGAAAAAUUCUCAAGUUGGAGAUGAUCAGGUCGACAAGUCAAUUGACAACAAACAACAAGAUAAACCACAAAGCCAUAUAGCGAAGCCACAACACCCGAAAGAAACUGUUAAACAAAAAAACACUUCUGCCAAUAGCACUCCACCAAAGAAGUCAAACAAUCCAUUCUCCAGCAAAAAUAAUGCACAAGUCUUUCAAAAUAAAAAUAAAAUGGCACAGUCUAAGGGUAAUCCAUUUAAUAGUACACAAAAUAAGUCAACAAAUGGAACUUUACCGCCGUUGAGGCAAAAUCAAAAGAAAUCAAAACCAUUUAAUGCAAAAUUUGGUAGCAACAAAAGGCCGUUUAACGCCAAGCCAAAUGGUGUCAAAGAUUCAAAUGACAAAUCCAACAAUAUAACUGAUGAACGUUUGAAAGCGUAUGGCAUUAACCCUAAAAAAUUCCAUAAGAAACAAAAAUAUGGUGGGGUUAAUAAACAACAGAAACAAAACUAAAUUUUAUUAGUUUUUCCUUUGUUAAAUGAAUGUUUGUAAAUGUUACUAGUUUAGUUAUUUUACAAAAAGUGUAAAUAAUAAAAAAAAUAUUUUUAUAUAAAAAUUAUUUGAUUUAGCAGCAUAUAACAAAAGUACCAACUCAAAAUCGACCGAUUGUAAGGAACUCAACAGAGAACACAAAUGUUAUUAUUUUGGGAAUAGAAUAAUCAAUUCAUACUUAAAAGACUGCGCCUGAGGAAGACGUUCAUCAUUUAGGGUGCAAUACAUUUAGAAACGUACAUAAAAAAGUCUGACAAAACUAUAUAAUGGUGGAAAUUAUGACGUUCUAUCUGGUCGCCCCAGAAUUCUCUGAAAUCUCAAUUAAUCUCUUUAAACAUUUUUUUAUUCCAAAUAAGGUAUUACGCAAACUUCUUUAACGCUAAAGCUCAACUCCUUAGCUAUCACAUUACUAAAUUCUGUAAAUUGCAUCAUCUAGAAGCUUUAAACAGAACCUGGUGCCAAAUUCUCGCAUUCUUUCGAUCGAAAUUAAACAUUUUUGCGAUUUUUAGAUUGAUUAAAUUAAACAUUUUGAUAGAAACGACUUCCGUCUAACUAUAACAUUCAAUAUUUAGUUGGUUCCAUCGAAAGGAUCAAAUCAAUGAACUAAAAUGAAUGUGCAUUCAUAUCAUUUAAAUCGAUUUUUUUCGAUAUUGAAUACAAGAAUUUGACCCCUGCUCGUUGGACUUCCAAGUUUAUAUGGUCGUAAUUUCGUAUAUUAGAACUAGCUCCAUUUUGACACAAACUGCUGCAACUAUUCUUUUCUCUCUAUAUAUUUAUUCCCAUCGUAAUCUCUUACAAAAAGACAAAGUAAAAUAUUUUAUAUAUUUUUUAUUUGUAAAUAAACAAAUACAUAGGCAUUAGAAAAGAAAAUAAUUUGUAACAUAUAUUUUAAAAUUCAUAACGAUAUUUGUAUUAUUGUGUGUUUGGCGUAUUUAUAUGGUGUAAUUAAAAUU